AUGAAAUCAACAAUUACUCUUCUCUUUCUGUUCACAAGUCUAUUUCUCUUUAAUUUGACGUUCAAAUUGAUUGAUGCCACAGAUACUUUGAUGGAACAAUCGUUAGACUCUGCCUUCAAAUCCCUUGAUGAAAAUCCACUCAAUGAUGAAAUUGUACACGUCAUGCAAAAAAGAUCUGCUCAUGGAUUUCGACCUUCCCGGCAUCGUCAUCACCAUCAUCAUCGUCAUUACCCUUGGCAUAGUCCAAACAUUAUUCCUGCACAAAAUCCUUAUGUCAACCCUUUCGUAAACACAUGUCCGAAUUGUUUGCCGAACUCCUACCCUGGCUCUUGGCUAAAUACAUAUCCAAUGGGAAUGUCACCUUUCCAACCACGUUAUCGACGAUCAUUAUUGACACUCAACAACGAACGAAUGAGUAGAAAUAGGAUUCGCCGUUCUAAUUAA